AUGGGUCAAACCCUUUCAGAACCUGUAACAGACAAGCAGUCGUCAACAUGCCAGGAUUCACGGUUCCUGGUUGGUUCUUCUUGUAUGCAAGGAUGGCGUGUAUCAAUGGAUGAUUCACACACACAUAUUCUUUCACUACCUGAUGAUCCCGGAACAGCUUUCUUUGCUGUUUAUGAUGGACAUGGAGGUGCUAAUGUAGCAGAAUACGCUGGGAAACAUCUUCACAAAUUUGUCACAGCGCGGCCGGAGUAUCAUUUGGGGAAUAUUGAAGAGGCAAUGAAACAGGCUUUUCUAGACCUGGAUCAGGCGAUGUUGGAGGAAAAUAUGCAAGAAAAAGCAGCUGGGAGUACUGCAGUUGUCGUUUUGAUAAAGGAUAAUACAGUUUAUUGCGCUAAUGUUGGAGACUCUAGGGCUGUCGCGAGUGUGGGAGGAGCGGUAGAACCAUUAUCGUUCGAUCACAAGCCGACUAACAAGGAAGAACUAGAGAGGAUAACGGCCGGGGGUGGUUGGGUUCAACUUAAUAGGGUUAAUGGAAAUCUGGCGUUGUCCCGGGCUCUGGGAGAUUACUUCUUUAAGAGGAAUUACAGAAUGUCGCCACGUGAACAAAUUGUUACUGCGUACCCAGACGUGCAAGUGCGGCAGUUAAAUGAAGACUGGGAGUUUAUAGUUAUCGCCUGCGAUGGGAUAUGGGAGGUCCUCUCCAAUGAGGAGGUGAUAUCAUUCUGUCGCAUCCGACUUCUAAGCGGGUGGGAGCCGCCGGCAGUUUGCGAAGCCCUAAUGCAGCGAUGCCUGGCACCCAACUGUCUCACUGGGGGCUUGGGUUGUGACAAUAUGACUGUCUUGAUCAUCUGCUUAUCACCAUUCCCGGCACCACAUAUGAUGAAAGCUAUACCAGCUGAUCAACUCUUGAACGACAAAUUUGAGACCAACGCGGAAGAUCUCUUGUAUGCCGAAGAUGAAGAAGAUCUCAAGUAA